AUGCUGGUGCAGGAGCUGUCUGUACACCGCAAGGUGCUGGACAAGCCUUUGGAGCUGCUAGUGCGCCGCGUGGGCCAGCUCUACGACUUCCAAUUAAACAUGUGGCAGUUUGCUACUGCUCCCCAGGCCGCGGGGGGCCCCCUAGAUGCUCCCAAGGAGCUGUUGGGGGGCCCCUUGGGGGGCCCCCCAGGGGCCCUUCAGGCUGCUGCUGGGGCCCCCAAGGCCUGCGCUGAGGGGGAGCAGCAAAAGGCGCCGCUGCAGCAGGAAGGCGAGGCGUUGCUGCUGUCGCAAGUUGUGCAGCCCGGGGUGUAUAGACAGCUGGGCGGGGCCGUGGAGGAGGAGGAGCAGCAAGCUGCUGCUGCGGCUGCUGCUGUUGCUGCUUCAGCGCCAGCUGUUGCUGCGCCAGCUGCAACAGCAGCAAUUCAGCAGCAGUAG